CCCUCUCUCAUGACGUGUCUUCUGCUCUCGUUGCAGGUCACCAACCAGCUUGUGGAUUUUCAGUGGAAACUGGGCAUGGCCGUCAGCUCUGACAGUUGCCGAUCCCUUAAGUACCCUUACGUGGCAGUGAUGCUGACAGUGGCAGAUCACUCAGGCAAAGCCAAGAGCAAGUCCUUUGAAAUGACAAUUCCACAGUUUCAGAAUUUCUACAAACAAUUCAAGGAAAUGGCUUGCAGUUAUUGAAACUGUGUGAAACUGCUCGGCCUUGCUAGAUUGCCACAAUCAUUUUAGGACAC